GAACGUAUAAAUUAUAUUUAAUCACUCUAGAUUUCCCUUUUCCUCGGUGUUCAUAUUCUGUUCGUGAAGGUGCACGCUAAGUAGGUUAAGUUACACACGCGCAAGACCUACAUUCAGACAGUCGCGCAAGAGCCCUGUCUCUUGUCAGUUCAGUUAGAACGCUGUGGAGAUUGUUGGAAGCUGAACAUGGAGUCUGUGAAUACCUUCAUCAACAAUAUGCGGCGCAAGUCGUCAGUGAAGGUGACCAUCGUGCCGAGCCAGCCCAAGACGCUGACGCAUCUUCCCAAGCGGCCUCCCGUCGACAUUGGCUUUACGGACCUCAGCUACACCGUCCGCGAAGGCCGUAAAAAGAAGGAGAAGACGAUCCUGCGGUCGGUGAGCGGCAGGCUGCGCUCGGGCGAGCUGACGGCCAUCAUGGGCCCGUCCGGCGCCGGCAAGAGCACGCUCCUCAACAUCCUCACCGGCUACAAGACUUCUGGGAUGAAAGGUUCAAUCACCAUAAAUGGUGAGGAACGAAAUCUGAGCAGUUUCCGAAAACUUUCUUGCUACAUCAUGCAGGACAAUCAACUACACGCAAACUUAUCAGUUGAAGAAGCCAUGAAUGUAGCAACAGGCCUGAAACUUGGUAAUGAUAUGAAGAGUGAUGAGAAACGGGAUGUGAUCCAAGAAAUCCUGGAGCUCCUGGGUCUGCAUGAACAUAGGCGGACAAUGACAAGCAACCUGUCUGGUGGCCAGAAGAAGAGGUUGUCUAUUGCCUUAGAGCUGGUCAACAACCCACCCAUCAUGUUCUUUGAUGAACCAACAAGUGGUCUGGACAGUUCAUCAUGCUUCCAGUGUAUAUCCCUUCUAAAAUCACUAGCUCGUGGUGGACGGACCAUAGUAUGCACAAUCCAUCAGCCGAGUGCUCGGCUCUUUGAAAUGUUUGACCAUCUGUAUACAUUGGCUGAGGGUCAGUGUGUUUACCAGGGUUCCACCCAGGAACUGGUGCCUUUCCUUGCAAAUCUUGGUCUUGCAUGUCCCAGCUACCACAACCCAGCAUCAUUUAUAAUUGAGGUGUCAUGUGGAGAAUAUGGAGACAACAUUCGCAAAUUGGUGACAGCAAUAAGGAAUGGUAAAAAUGACAUUCGCAGUGGCACACCGUUCCCACCAAUUGCAGGAGUGGAUGAGAAAUUAAAUAAUUCUAAUGUUAACAUCCUGGAUAAAUCAAAAAAUCUGGAGAAAAGCAAUGGACAAACACAGGAGUCCAAUGGCGAACCAGCGACAUCUGUUGCUGGGACCAAUAUUAACCUAUUUCAACCAUAUAUUGCAAAUGACAUAGCUAAGAAUGGACACAGUACAGGAACAGAUUCUCAGGCAGUGGCAAUCCCAGUGGACUUGACUGGUUGUGAAAAAGCUCCAGACAAUGUGACAGCAGCACUUCUAGACCCCAGUGUAACUGUGAGACAGCGACGUUAUGCCACUUCACAGUUCACUCAGUUUUGGAUUGUGUUGAAGAGGACACUGUUGUUCAGCCGGAGAGACUGGACACUUAUGUAUUUGCGUCUUUUUGCCCACAUUUUGGUGGGUUUCCUCAUUGGGGCACUAUACUAUGACAUUGGAAAUGAUGGUGCCAAGGUACUCAGUAAUUUGGGAUUUCUCUUCUUCAACAUGCUGUUUUUGAUGUACACUUCCAUGACAAUCACCAUUUUAUCAUUCCCCUUGGAAAUGCCUGUCCUUAUAAAGGAGAAUUUCAACAGGUGGUAUUCAUUAAGAUCGUAUUACUUUGCAAUCACAAUAUCGGAUAUACCAUUCCAGGCCAUUUUCUGCGUAAUUUAUGUGUCAAUAGUAUAUUACAUGACAUCACAGCCUCCGCAAAUGUGGCGGUAUGCCAUGUUCUUGGGAGCCUGUCUACUAAUUUCAUUUGUGGCUCAGAGUGUCGGUUUAGUUGUUGGUGCUGCAAUGAAUGUUCAGAAUGGCGUUUUCCUGGCUCCUGUCAUGUCUGUUCCAUUCCUGCUUUUCUCUGGAUUUUUUGUAAGUUUUGAUGCCAUACCAAUAUAUCUUCGAUGGAUAACUUAUCUGAGCUACAUUCGCUAUGGAUUUGAAGGCACAGCUCUUGCCACAUAUGCUUACAACAGAGAAUUUCUGGAGUGCCACCAGAUUUACUGUCAUUUCAAGAAUCCUGAAACCACUCUAGAUGAGCUGGAUAUGCUGGAAUCCAGCUUUACAGUUGAUAUUGUUGCACUGGUUGCCAUAUUCUUUGUACUGAGGAUUGCUGCUUAUAUCUUCUUGCGAUGGAAGCUCAUAUCACAGCGGUGAAUGACUCUUAGUCCUUCACUCACAAAUUCCUACCAGUUU